AUGGAUCCGCUCCAGGUUCCGCUUAUUUCUAAGUAUGAGUGGGAAUACAAAAAUGACAUAAACCAGAGUAUGCGUGUGCCUGAUAAGCUCUCUGUCGCAUCUUCUUUUCCUGAUCUUGUCUCUAAGACCAUUCAGCAAAAAGAUAUUCAGUACCCUGAUAGCAGUGUAGCAGUUCCAGAACACCCUGAAAGCACACCUGGGUAUAGCCCUGAUUUGCUGACCAAUGACGAUUUUCGGCGCCGGCGACGCUCAAGUGUGACUGCUACAACGGUUGAAGCGAGCGCUUCCGCCUCAGCUAAGGUACAUGUUCAGGGAAGUCGCUCGUCAAGCAAUCUGGAUGGACGAAUGCGGACAAUUGAGACCAGAUUAAGCCAUCUGGAAGCCCAUGUUAGCCGCCUCUCCUCUCGCCUUCGCGCCUUAGAGCAGCAUCAUGCGGUCUUAGGUGGCCUUAUUACCAUUUACGUCGGCCUCAAGGUUGUUCGCCUCCUCAUAUCUUCCAUAUUUAAUAAAAUGCCAUUCCUGGUAACGCGAUUGCCAACAGCACCAACUUCGGAGGAUGUCAUGAAAAGCGACAAAUUUCGAAAAAAGGUGAAAAUACUCUCCAUCAUUCUGACCAUCCUGACCGUGUUUAUCCUGGCUAUCGGAAUCUACCUCGUUGCUGAUGUUGGCCGAUCCAAUGCUGGUCUCGAAAUACUCGGUUGCGUUAUGAUCGUGUUGGGCCUCGGGCUUCUAGCCUCGUUAGUCUUCUCGGCAAGUCUGUUCCUUCGUCUGGUGUCGUCUUUUUCUGAAACUAAGAUCUACCGACCGAAAUCAGCUGAUGCACUUCAACUGAAACCCUACCCGCGUCAGACGGAUGUGCGGCUGCGUCAGCGACGUGUUUGGCGUACUGACACGGAAGCGGCAUUACCGGGUCCGUUAGACCGUGGAAGAGCGGAAGAACGGAGUACUGUCAUUUCAGAUUCCGCAGAGCGCAUAAUCGAGCCUCGACCGGCACCCAGCGCGCCCCAACUAGAGGAAAUGGCGGUCGUGCCGCCGAACGUGAUGCCUCCCCUACCACCUGAUGCCGCAAGGCCACCGAGCUAUGCGCCUCCUCCCUACGACGACCUUCAGUGA